AUGUUGUCAUGGCGUUACUUCAGGAGAUGUGUCAGACGGUCACUGCAGAUAGUUGUCUUGGUCUUUUGUUUUAUUGGAUUGUAUACAGUUUUUUCUGUACUAAAACUGCCAAGGAUGUAUGAAAAGGAGCACAGUAGCAUAGGUGUUUUCACUGGAAAUGUUGCUGAGCCGAUACAGAUUUUGGAUAAUGAUACUGAUCCAUUUGCUUCAUAUAAAAGUUUUGGUAAAAAGGACUGGCAUGAUUAUAAAUCGAUGGAACGUGAUGCAGUAAGACAAGGGCCUGGCGAGGGUGGUGAACCGGUGGUAGUAGCAUCUGACGAGUUGAAAAAGUUACGGGAUGAUCUCUAUCGUGUAAAUGGUUACGAUGCCUAUGUCAGCGACUUGAUUGCCUUGGAUCGUUCGGUUAAAGAUAUACGGCACCCCGGAUGUAAGAGUAUGGUUUACCUCGAAAAAUUGCCAACUGUGGGAGUGGUAUUUCCCUUUUAUGAUGAGCACAAUUCAACGCUGCUAAGAAGCGUAUAUUCCGUUAUAAAUCGUUCUCCAAAAAGUAUAAUGAAAGAAGUUAUUCUUGUCGAUGACGGAAGUACAAAACCGUCCCUGAAAGAACCGCUUGAAGAGUUUCUGAAAAAGGCUGGUCUUAAUCACAUCGUGAAAGUUAUUCGUACGCAAAAAAGAGAAGGAUUGAUUCGAGCGCGUCAAGUAGGCGCGCGGCAUGUAACGGCCGAUGUGAUUGUAUUUUUGGAUGCACAUUCAGAAACAAAUUAUAACUGGUUGCCGCCGCUCAUCGAACCAAUUGCACUUGAUUAUAAAACAGUAGUUUGUCCUUUUAUCGAUGUUAUUGACUGCAAUACUUACGAGUACCGUGCACAAGAUGAGGGUGGCAGAGGCUCUUUCGAUUGGGAAUUCAAUUAUAAGCGCUUGCCUUUAACAGAAGAUAAUAAGAAAAAUCCAACGCGUCCCUUUCACAGUCCAGUUAUGGCUGGUGGAUAUUUUGCAAUCAGCAGGAAAUGGUUUUGGAAGUUGGGAGGUUAUGAUGAGGGCCUUGACAUAUGGGGUGGGGAACAGUAUGAACUUUCUUUCAAGGUGUGGCAGUGCCACGGUACAAUGGUCGAUGCUCCUUGCUCACGGGUUGGACACAUUUAUCGUUGUAAAUAUAUUCCUUUUCCAAAUCCAGGUAUCGGGGAUUUCAUUUCCAGAAAUUAUAGAAGAGUUGCUGAAGUAUGGAUGGAUGAAUAUGCAAAGUUUUUGUACAAGCGUAGACCACCGUUGCUCACUAUUGAUUUUGGUGACCUUAGUAAGCAGAAGGCAGUUAGAAAAGGGCUUAAAUGUAAAACAUUUGACUGGUUCAUGAAAGAGAUUGCUUUCGAUCAAGAAAAGUAUUAUCCUGCAGUGGAGCCCGAAGAUAGUGCUAAAGGUGAGCUGCGCAAUAUUGCAGCGAAUAAAUGCGUAGAUACACAAUUCAAAGAUGCCAAAAAAAAGUUUGGUUUGCGAAAAUGUAUCAGUGAUGACCCAACCAGUAAUGGGGAACAAAACUUUCGACUCACAUUUUGGCGCGAUGUGCGACUCGAUACGCAAUCAAUGUGUUUUGACGUUUCAGUUUCUGUAAACCAAGCGCCUAUUGUUUUAUUUUCGUGCCACGGCAUGCAAGGUAAUCAACAUUUCAAAUAUCUGCCUGACAAGCAGCAGAUGUAUCAUCCGAUUAGUGGUUUGUGCAUGGAUUGCGAUGUGGACCGAGGAGAAAUUUUCAUGAAUCCUUGCAACUCGGAACGACGAAGUCAAAAAUGGACAUGGACGAAAAUUAAUCUGAAACUGAUUCAGGAGCGUAAUGAAAGAAAAACGCAGACAUAG